UGACAAAUAUUGGAGAAAAAGUUGUGUGCCUGGUUGCUUACCACAUAUUUUUCAUGCUGUUCGUCUGGUCAUAUUGGAAAACAAUCUUUACGCUACCAAUGAAUCCUUCAAAAGAAUUCCACUUGUCAUAUUCAGACAAGGAAUCCCUAGAGAGGGAGCCUAGAGGUGAAUCCCAGCAGGAAGUCCUGAGACGAGCAGCCAAGGAUCUUCCUAUCUACACGCGGACCAUGUCUGGAGCAAUCAGAUACUGUGACAGAUGCCAACUUGUGAAACCAGAUCGUUGCCAUCACUGUUCUGUAUGCGACAAAUGCAUUUUGAAAAUGGAUCAUCAUUGUCCUUGGGUGAACAACUGCGUAGGAUUCUCCAAUUAUAAAUUUUUUCUUCUCUUCUUGGCUUAUUCUCUACUGUACUGCAUUUUCAUUGCUGCCACAGAUUUACAGUAUUUUAUCAAGUUUUGGACAAAUGGUCUUCCUGAUACCCAAGCCAAGUUCCACAUCAUGUUUUUAUUCUUUGCCGCAGCCAUGUUUUCUGUUAGCCUUUCUUCUCUCUUUGGGUAUCAUUGUUGGCUUGUCAGCAAGAAUAAAUCUACUUUAGAGGUGUUUAGAGCUCCCAUAUUUCGUCAUAGAACAGACAAGAAUGGUUUUAGUUUGGGCUUCAGCAAAAAUCUAAGGCAGGUGUUUGGUGAUGAGAAGAAAUACUGGCUGCUGCCUGUGUUUUCAAGUCUAGGGGAUGGUUGCUCCUUCCCAACUUGCCUUGUUAAUCAAGAUCCUGAGCAAGCUUCCACACCUGGUGGUCUUAAUUCAACAUCCAAAAGCGAGAAUCACCUGUUCCCGGCCAAACCGUUGCGUGAUUCCCAGAGCCACCUUCUUACCGAUCCACAGUCGUGGUCAGAUAUUAGCGCAAAGGCUGAAAAGGGCAAAGUUGGUAUGAGCAAUCCUGCAUUAACCAUGGAAAAUGAGACCUAGUUACUCUUAGAAGAAAUGUCUGCAUAUUGAAGGAAAGUUCAAGAAAAAAAGCAGCUGUUGGAAGGAGGAUAUAUUCUUCCAAAAAUCAGCCCUACUGGCCAACUGUUCCUGUCUGCUCUUGUGUGGAUGUGCUCAGAAAACAAACUGACAGAUAAUUAGCUGUCUCCAUAUCACUGCUUGAAACAUGAAACAAAGACAUACUACUAUUGAACUGCAGAAAGAAGGUUUCAACUUAAAAUUACUGCCCUUGAAUGGUAAAAGAUAAUUCUGAGUAUCAUGAAAUGG